CGCCCUCGCGGGCCGCGCGCGCAUCGCUGGUUCGUCCGUUCCGCCGUUCCGCCGUGCCGCAAGUCCAUCCGUUCUCAGAUGUCGCGAUGCCCUUGGUGAAUCGGAACGUCGACCGGCAACGCCAAGCAUCAUCUCGUCCCGUUCCGGCGGUUCCUUCACCGUCCAUUCCUCCGAGUUUGAAACUCGGCCGCUUCGGAGUUCUUGGCGCGUUCCCGCGCUCGUCCAGCGUCUCUUCCCGACCUAGAAUCUCCGUCCGGAGUGCUCGAGCGCGACUUCGCAAGGGGGAGGCCGCGGACUUGGCGCAGCCGCUCAACAUGGCCGCCGAUACUUCGGCCCCGAGAAACGCGGGGCGUCGGUCGGUUUUGUUGGGCCAAUCUCAGGUACUAAUCGCCCGUAUUGCAGCGGACAAGCGAUCAGGAUGCAUCCAGCAAGGUACGCGGCUCUUGCACGUUACAAACCGAAGUACGUGCAUCCGAUAUAUAAUUGUCCAUGGUUGAUAUUACAUGAGAAUAUAAUAUUAUGUUAUUAUAUUACAUGAGAGUAGCCCUUGAUUGGGUUAGGCGGUUUCUCCAAGAGAAACUUUAAUUUACUUUAACUCAUCCUUCGUCUCUUUCCAACUGUCCCCCCCCCCUCCAGCUUU